AUAAACUGUUAUCUAUAGAUACUGGUCAAUGUACACAGUCACAUUAUCAGUUAAUGAUUGUUAAAACCUACCCGAACAGCAACCUAAAGGAAUCGAAUAUACAGGAACGGUGUUGUUACAACAUUAUGGAAGUUCCUGGUCAAAAAGUGUCGAAGGACAAAGAUGCAAAACUGUGUUGUUUAUGUGAAGAUUUUGACAUAACAACAUAUGCGGAUGGGUUUUGCGUAGAAUGUGAAGUUUACUUUUGUAAUUCAUGUUUCGUGAAACACAAAGGACGUAAAAUUAGUAGAAAUCAUUCCUUAGUAAGAGUCGAUGAUUCGAAUCCAGUAACGGUAACGGUUGGUGAUACGUAUGAAACAUGCCAAGAGCACAAUGGAGAAUUUGUGAAAUUCUAUUGUCCAAAGCACGACCAAGUUGGCUGUGCAGAAUGCAUUAUUGUAUAUCAUAAUGGAUGCAAGUUGGAACUCAUUCGUAGCAAAGCUGCGGCAUUUGAAAACAGUCAAGAAUAUAUAAAUUUUAGAAAGGAGAUGAAUAAAUGCAUGAAAGAGGCUGAAGACAGUCUAUCAUUAAUAAAGAGCAACCGAAAACAGCUUACCGAGUUCUAUGAGCAAUUUGUUUGCGACGUGGAGGCAUUCACAUAUCAUGUAAUUGAGCGUAUAAAUGAAAUGAAAAAGAAGGUUCUGAAUCAGGCAAAUGACAUAAUGUUGAAUGAUAAGAGGAAAAUGGAACAUUUACAGAAGGAUAUCGACGAUUUGAAAGCUGAAUUGACACGACAAAACAAUGUACUGGAGUCAAAAAAUGACACUCCAAAUAACCUCUUUGUAGCAUCCCUACAAAUAAAGCCAGAACUGAAAAAGACCCAGCAAAAUAUUGAUAGUUUUAAAAACAAAAAUAUUGUGACUCACUAUAAGUUCAUGCAAGACAAAAUUUUAGCCCAAUCAAUAACAGAAAGCAAGGUGAUUGGGAUGCUCGUUGAACAGCCGUUUGAACAGAGUGAACAUCAUCAACACAAAUUUAAACAAGCUAAUUCAGCUGAUGAAGAACAAGUUCAAGAUUCUUUACCUCAGCAAUCAGAAAGUAAAAACAGAAACAAACAGAUUGAGAAGGAAGUGACAAAAACCUGUACAAGAGAACAUACGAUGGAGGUCAUAACGCACCAAAAGCUUCAACCAUUACUUGACAGAAAACUUGUUUGCAAAAAUCUAAAUAUAGAUGGCGAAUGUGUCAGUUAUGCCGCAUACGGAAGUAAUGAUAUUGGAUUGUAUGUGUUCAAGGAGAAUGUGCGUGUGGGAUCAUUCUUUGAAAUUGAGAUAUUAAGCAUGGGUAAAAGUGGGUCGUUAGCUAUUGGUGUAGUGCCAGAUAACUUUUCUGACAAUCUUCUACCGGGCGUAGGCGAAAAUUCCUAUGGAUACCAUUCAGACGGCAAGUAUGUAUCGACAACUUUAUUGUCUAAAUGAUUGAAUCAAAAUAGUAGUAUGAAUAUAUACAUCAUUAAAUUUGGAUACGGGUUAAUAAAAAAGAACUUUUAUUUGCUUUUUUAUCAUAUCGAUAACCUUAAGAGCUAUUUUAGAAUUAAAAUGCAAUUCAUGGACAAAAAUAACAUUAUUUAGCAAACUGUAGUUUAACCUUCGCUGGAAAAUGUUUCGUUUGCUUGCUUCAUGACCAGAUAUUAAAGUAUAAGACGUCAACCUAAUUUGCAUAAUCUUUUAGCAGACUCUAUGUUAAAUGUGUCACUUGAGAUGUAUCCUAGUUACAUACACUAGAUUCUCCAGAUGUAAAAACAAUUAUAUGUGAAAUUUGGUUCUCCACCAUUCGGUUAUUUCCCUCAGAUAUAGGAAUAUGCAAUGAGUGUUUGUAAUCGAUAAUUAUAAAUCAUAUAUAAAAUAGAUUCGAAACAGUUAUAAUGAAUUAUGAUAAAACAUACUGCUGACAACAAAUUAAAAUUAUGUUUUAAUGAAUAUCGUGUUCCGUCAUCUAC